AUACCGUUCUCAGAAAGAUCUUCUCCUUCAAUUUUGAAUCCUGGACAUCUGCAGAGUAGACUGCUCGUCCUCUGCGCCAACUCCACACAUUAACGACACUAUGUCCGCACCAGAAGUAUAUUCGAUCGCCAAAACUCCAGUGACGUGCCACGCAUUCAACGCGGACCGCAGCCAUGUUGCUGUGAGCUUGAACGAUAACAAUGUCCAGAUCUAUGCAAAGCAGGGCAAGGAGUGGAUUCUAUCUGAGACGCUAUCCGAGCACGAUAAACUCAUCACGUCUAUUGAUUGGGCCCCGAUCUCCAACCGCAUUGUCACCGCCUCACAGGACCGCAAUGCAUACGUCUGGACCCUCACUCCCGAUCCGCUUACUGGAAAGUUAGUGUGGAAGCCUACCUUAGUACUUCUUCGUAUCAACAGAGCCGCUACCUUUGUCCGUUGGAGCCCGAACGAGGAUAAAUUCGCAGUUGCCAGUGGUGCAAGGGCCAUUGCCAUCUGUUCAUUCGAUCCCGAGAAUAAUUGGUGGGUCGCAAGGCAACUCAAAAAACCAAUCCGAUCGACUGUCCUUUCUGUCGACUGGCAUCCGAACAAUGUCUUACUCGCUGCGGGGAGCGCCGAUAUGAAGGCGCGCGUAUUCUCUGCUUACAUUAAAGAUGUAGACAAGAGGCCCUCGCCUACCAUCUGGGGCGAGAAACUUCCCUUUAACACUCUCUGUGGAGAAUACAGCAGCCCGGCAGGCGGAUGGGUCCACGCAGUCGGCUUUUCUCCUUCAGGCGACGUCCUCGCUUUUGCUAGUCAUGAUAGCUCUAUUAGCAUCGUCUACCCUGGCGGUCCCGCGGUUUACAACAUUCGGAUUAGCUCGCUGCCAUACGUGACUUUGACCUGGACUUCUGAAGAUGCCCUCGUUGCGGCUGGCCACGAUUGUCAGCCUGUUGUUUUCUCUGGCUCGGAGCAAGGUUGGGGCCUUAUCGGCACUUUGGAUGAUACUACUGCUUCGAGUGCAUCAAAGGCUCCUGGUGCAAAGACUGGGACUGUUGGGAGGCUGAACAGUGCAGCUUUCAACACGUUCAGGAACGCGGAUACGCGUGGACAUACUGGAGGGGGAGAUCUUGCUUCUGACACGGAACUGCUCACUGUACAUCAAAACACGAUUACCAGCGUCAGGCCGUACGCGUAUGGAGGUGAGGGGGUCAGUAGGGUGAGCACUACUGGAGUGGAUGGAAAACUUGUCAUUUGGGAUGUCAAUGCGGUGUCGGCCCUCAGUGCAAAGAUGGGCGGCUUGAGGGUUUGAAGCCAUUGUAUAUUGUUGUACAGUUAAUCGUACAGUGAAUAAUGCGGUAUGUAAAUGUGCAUGGAAUAGAAUUCUACUCUCCGGACG